UAUUACUAUAUGAGUGCUUUUAGGAUUAUUUAGAGUUUCGUCCCUUAAGCUAUGUGGACAAGAAAGAAUCAAGCAAUUUUUAAUAGCGAAAUCUGAUGAGCAAUGGAUAUCGUAUUCCAGUGAAGGCUUUUGCAUUGGCCGGAAAAAAUUAUAGACAGAGGAGGCAAUGUCUGAACUAUCCGGCGGGUGAGGAAAAUCUUUCCAGCUGCUAUUUUCCAAAUAGUCUUAGCCACUCUUGCAAUGGCCGCCGUUUUUCGAAAUUCAUAAUACAGCAUACCUUGUCGUCAUGGAUUUCCAGCUUUGCCGUUGAUUUGGUUAUUUGGUCGGACCUCAUAUAUAAUUUUUCGCGUUCUAUAUUGCUCUGCUUCCCCCGGCAUAUACUGCGUCGAAUACUCUUAGAGCUGGAGUGUUUUCAUCCAUUCGGACGACAUGACGUAUCAAACGUAGCCGCUACCUACUUGCCACAGUCCUUGUCCCUUCCAUCACACUUAUUGAACGGUGGUGAUGUCAGCCUCUACUCUUACGAGGACAUCAACCAGCAGUGCAAUGGCACAUUCUACAAUUCUAGUCCUUUAGUAAGUUCUAACCUUCAAAAGGCGCGUGAAAAAAUUGGACAGCUGUCAGAUUAUUACGUCGUGAAUUAUACCAUUUUGAAAGAAGUAACGGUUGUCAUUUCCUUUUUGGGAAAACUAAUACUCGCACUGUUGGGGCCAAGGUUUGGAUUGUCCAACAUUAUUUGGACUCUGUAUCAGGGAAAUGAACCAUUGGAAAGUAGUUCGAGAUUUUAA